GAAACUAAUAAAGAGGUCCCCCAUUUCUUCCUCGUGACAAACUCACUUUAAUUGAGAGAAAGAAAAACCCUAAGUUUCUUUUAAGAUUCUCAUAGUCAUAUAUUUUUCAUAUUCGAGAACAAGCAUCAGAAAAAUUGAAGAAACCAGGAGGAUUCGUUUUUGCUCCAGUUUUUUGUUGAUCGAUUCUUUCGGUGAGCUUUGAUUUCGCGAAAUCGAAGCCGUUUUUGUUGUCGAUUGAUUAUUUAACGAUGUCGAGUUCUGCGGAGUGUAGAGAAUUCGUUGCACGGAGGCUACCCGAGAAGAAGCCGAGCUUCUCACAGACAUGUAGUCGAUUGAGUCGUUAUCUCAAGGAGAAGGGUAGCUUCGGAGAUCUGAGCUUGGGGAUGACAUGCAAGCCCGACGUCAACGGAGGUUUUGCUGUGUCACAUCAGCCCAAAAUGAUGAAUCUGUUCCCUUGUGAAGCUUCAAGAAUGGAUUCUUCGGGUGCUCAAGACGUGAAACCAAAGAUUUUGUUUCCUCGCCAAUCAAGCUUUUCUUCCUCCUCUUCCUCUGGGAUCAAAGAAGAGGUCGAGAUGGUCAAAGAGACUAAAUCUGUGAAGCCAGAGUCUCAAUCUGCUCCACUGACCAUAUUCUACGGCGGUCAAGUUAUGGUGUUUGAUGAUUUUCCUACUGACAAGGCCAAAGAAGUCAUUGACUUGGCUAACAAAGGAAGUGCCAAAAGCUUCGCAGCUGAAGUGAAUUAUACUCAGAGCUUAGCCAAGAAUCAAAAAGAGACUGCUUCGACCCCAAAUCCAGUUCCUAGUCCUGCAAAACCCACAGCACAAGAGCCAAUCCAGCCCAACCCGUCCUCUUUAGCAUGUGAACUCCCAAUUGCUAGAAGAGCCUCGCUUCAUCGAUUCCUGGAAAAGAGAAAGGAUAGGAUUACAUCAAAGGCACCGUACCAGAUAGACGGUUCAACCGAAGCGUCUUCCAAGGCUAACACAGCUUGGCUCGGUUCGCGGUAAUCUUUGAGACUGUCUAGACUUGAGAGACCAUCUCGUAAGAUUCUUUUGAUGCUCCGUCGUUUACAAAUAUCAAUCUCCUCUGUUCAUUUUUUUAUAUAUAACUUGAUUUCACGCCUAGUAGUUUUUGUUUGUUCAAUACGCCAAAAACUCAGUAUAUUUGUAUGAAAGUAAUCUUCUUAUAGUUUGCUUGUGUGGUUUAAGCCAUUGUCUAUAAGACUAUAACCCUUUCCUCUGCCAAUCUAUAAGCUUUGCAACUUUUGUAAGAAACAUCUCAGUUCUGUUUUUUUUUUUUUUCUUGUUGUUGACAGCCUUAAUAUCAACUUGUUAUAAUUAAUCCAACUA